GAGAUCAUUUCUAUACAAACAAUGAAGGAAAAUGAGACAUUAGUAUUCAUGGUUGAGGACAAUAUUCAAAACAUGUCUUCCUUUAUAACAUACAGCCCACAGGAAUGUUAGAAUGCAGCUAUUUGGGGUUCAUUAUAAAAAUGAUUUUGUUAAAAUGUGUGUUUUUUUAAAGUUGUUUCUCAGUACUUUGCUGCCAUGCUCUUUAAUGUUAUGACACUAAUGUACUGUAUCUUCACAUCUUAAUUUUGCCGAUUAAACAAUCUGUGAGCCAAAUAUAGAAAAAGCGAAAUAAAUUAGCUAUAACUGAAAUUUGCAAGGGUCAUGUAUGUUUUAAAAAGAACACGUUUUAGAAGCAACAAUAUCAAAAAUUAGAAAUUAUCAUUAGUUGUUUUUGUACAUUCACUCAUCGUAUACUUUAAAAGACCUGUUACCAGGCGGUGUUUCAAAGGAGGACACGAUAAUGUAAUCACAAGUAAAUCAAAAUGGUUGGAAAACUACAACAUCAGUUUUUAACAAAUGUCAAAUCCUUCCCUUGAAGCAAUGUUUCCGUGACAACCCUGAAGCGACUCCACGUGUGCGCGCACCUCAGAAUGUCUCGCGUACGCGCUCGAAGUCGACACGGAGUGUAAAGAUGGUGGCCAGCGUCAGAGUACAGAAGCUGCUCCGACGCUACAAGCUGGCCAUAGCCGCCGCGCUGACCAUUCUUCUGAUCCAAGGGCUGGUUGUAUGGAGUCUGAGAAGUCUCGAGGAAGGCGAGACUGAGAAGAAAACACGGCGGUCUAAACUGCCAGACCACAACAACCAAGACCCCAAAAGAGACAAUGCACAAUGGGAGAAACAGAACUCCUUGUCAGGAAAGAACAGAGGAAGAUGGAGCGCAAGGUUGGAGAGAGCCGGAGGAACAGCGCCCAGUUCACCCAGGAGAGGCACCAGUCGAAGAGGAGGAAAACCCAAUAUCAGGAUCAAAUCUGCACAGGAGCGGGGGAUGACGGGGGCUGGAAUGGACGGGGUCCUCUCCCAUGACUUAUCCAGCAGCCGCAACUUCAGCGAGACCCGAGGAGGCGCAGAGGGUGGGGCUAGGCUUCCUGCUGCUGCUGCUGCUCCUCCACCAGGGGAAACGGGCAGUGUGGACGGUGCACAUCAAUCAUCCAGCAGUGACUUUGUGCCUAAAUGUGAUAUCACUGGCAAGGACGCUCUGUCCGCCCUCCAUCGAGCUGGGUCGCAGCAGUGUCGUCAGGAGAUCGCCAACAUAGUGUGUCGGCAUCAGGCUGGUCAGCUCAUGCCUCAAGUCCUUCCUCAGUUCUGCCCUCAAACUGAUCUGUCAAACCCUGUUCUGGCUGUUGAUGAUGUGGACAUGGGUCUGUCCAAAGUGGACAACCCCGUCAGGGUGGCCUUUGUCCUGAUGGUCCAUGGCCGAGCCAUGCGGCAGCUGAAGCGUCUCAUCAAAGCCAUUUACCACCGUGACCACUACUACUACAUCCACGUAGACAAGAGGUCGGGCUACAUGUAUCGAGAGGUCCUGCAGAUUGCCCAACAGUUCCCAAAUGUGAGAGCUACACCCUGGAGGAUGGUGACCAUCUGGGGCGGUGCCAGCCUGCUGAAGGCCUACCUGCGCAGCAUGCAGGACCUGCUCUCCAUGCUGGACUGGAAAUGGGAUUUUUUCAUCAAUCUCAGCGCCACAGACUUUCCCACCAGAACCAACGAUGAACUGGUGGCGUUCCUGUCAAAGCACAGAGAUAAGAACUUCCUCAAGUCACAUGGAAGAGAGAAUGCCAGGUUCAUUAAGAAACAGGGCCUUGACCGUCUCUUCCACGAAUGUGACAACCACAUGUGGCGUCUCGGAGAGCGCAGUAUCCCCGAGGGCCUAGAAGUCUCCGGCGGCUCCGAUUGGUUUGCGCUCACCCACCGUUUUGUGGAAUAUGUCAUCAACUCCCAGGAUGAUCUGGUGUCGGGGCUGAAGCAGUUCUAUUCUUACGCUCUGCUCCCCGCUGAGUCUUUUUUCCACACGGUGCUGGGGAACAGUCACAUGUGUGACUCCCUGGUGGACAACAACCUGCGUGUCACUAACUGGAACCGUAAGCUGGGCUGUAAGUGUCAGUACAAGCACAUCGUUGACUGGUGCGGUUGUUCUCCUAAUGACUUCAAACCACAAGACCUCAUCAGGAUUCAGCAACUGUCCCGUCCAACGUUCUUUGCCCGUAAAUUUGAGUCAUCAGUGAACCAGGAGGCCAUAGAUAUUCUGGACACUCACCUGUACGGUCAGUAUGCUCCAGGCACCGUGGCCAUCAAAGCCUACUGGGAAAGUCUCUUUGAGCAGCUGGACGGCGUGGGGUCACUCAGUGACGUCGCUCUCACUGCCUACUCUUCCUUCUCCCGCCUUGGUCUGAAGAGCCUGGUCACUGCACAGAACAACCUAGAGGCCUGCAGGUUUGAACCAGUCGGACACCCUGUGUCCGUACACGUGUAUUUCUAUGAUGACCACUUCCAAGGCUACCUGGUGCGUCAGGAAGUGCAGGCUGUGGGGUCAAAAGUCAGAGAGACCCUGGAGAUGUGGGCGGUGCCUCAGACCUCUUUUGUGCUCGGGAAGAACCUGAAAGAGUUUGAAAGACUGAAGAAUCUAGAAAUCGGCACAGAGUGGGAUCCUAAGGAAAGAAUUUUCCGUAACUUUGGUGGAGUGAUCGGUCCCCUGGAUGAACCACUGGCCGUGCAGAAGUGGGCUCGUGGUCCCAACCUCACGGCCACCAUCGUGUGGAUCGAUCCUGGUCUGGUGGUGGCGGCGUCGUACGACAUCACCGUGGAUGUUGACGCAGAGUACACCCAGUACAAACCACCUCUACAGCACCCACUGCGGCCCGGAACCUGGACCAUAAGGGUGUUGAAGCAAUGGGAGCGUGUGGCGGAGGUUCGAUUUCUGGUCAUGCCACUGACAUUCAGAGAUAAGGAGCCGUUACGCAAAGGUGAGGACAGCUGGCUGCACGCUGGUCCUCCAGGAAACAUGUACCUGGAGCAGAAUCUCCAGCAGCUGAGCUCCAUGCUGAAGCUUCCUCCGCAGGACUCGGCCAUGCAGGAGGCCCACCACAAUUCCCAGCUUGUGGGUCAGUCCCUUGAGAAGUGGGUGGACAGCAGUGUGAGGACUUUUUGGGCAAUGGGUAAAAUGUGUGGGACACAGACUUCCUCCUGCCCAUCUCUGGAGCUUUGCUCUAAAACCUCCUGGAGCUCUCUGUCCCCAGACCCCAAAUCUGAACUGGGUCCAGUCAAAAGUGACGGGCGGAUCAGGUAGCCUUUAGAGAGGGAAGGAGUGUAGACUCUGACUCAAACAGAGGAGAACUAGCUGCACUCUGUGAGAACCUGUGUGAGCUGGAUGUUGGCCUUUGGGUUGGCAGGGAGCUCUGGGGCACAUGAACAUCCAUGAGGGGUCUUCCUGUCCCCAGGAGUCAGGAUAUUCUCAGUAAGGUGGUCCUACAGACUGAAACAAAGAUGAUAUGAUUGCUAAAUAUUUGCACACAGUAGCCCGCGAGCGCAAAAGACGGAGAAAAGUUUAAUUUGCCUGAAUGAUCACAUGAAUGCCAUUUGUUUUUGUUAUAAUUUUAGCACAUGGUUUACAGUCAGGUGGAAACUAAAAUAAGAUUUUUUUUUUUAAGGAAUUCUUUUUAAACUCGUUCGACGACAUGCUCCUCACAUCGCCGUGCUUCUAUCUUCAUUUCAAAGGGAGAGUGGAACCUCUGCAUCACGUUAUUGUGCUUAUUUUGAAGCAUUACUGUGGACGCUGCAGGAUGAAGUGCACUUUACUGUAGGACCGUGAGGUUACAGAGCUGUUACAGUGUGAGGAGCAGGAGUUCAAAGUUCAAAGGUUAGGAUUAAGCCCUCAUCCUGUCACGAUAUACUUGCAUCUUUGUCACAGACUCAUCAGUACUUGUUUAGACUGUAACAAACUUAGUUGAAAAUAGGAAAAGAAACAGAGUAGAAUUAGGUUUUACAUCUUAAUGUUCUGUUAACGAUGAUUUUUUUUUUAUGUUGAAAUUUGUUUACCGGCUUAGUCAGCAAUCAAAGUGCUAUACUUCUUCAGUGUCUGCUUUUGCUAAAGAUGCCACUCUGUUUUUAUAGAAGUGCCUCGUCAUCUAAAUCCUUCAAUUUACUUUAAUAUGAAUUUUCCAUGGAAUAUUUUUUAAACAUUUAAGGAUGUCAUCCUAAAUCUGUCAUAAUACAGAUGCCCAUGUUCCCCUGGGCUGUUGACAAUAUUGUUGAACCAAAACCGUUUUUUUAACAUGUGAUGAAUUGUCUUUGGAGACCAGUGAUUAUCCACUGGAUUAAAAAAAAAUGAACUGCCCUGAAGAAACAGCUGGGGUAAUGGUGCAGUAAAACUUUAAUGAGGCUCCAUGUUGGUACAUUAACUGCUUUACAGCCACAUUUUUACCUCAGUUAUUAUAACUACGGUCCGUGACACAAUAAUAUUUUUUUAUAGACUAUUGAUAAUGAACAAGUUAAGAUGAUCCUGACCCUUGCCCCAGCACUCUAUUUUCUCCAUGUUUACAAGCAGUUCAAUGCACUCAAAAGGUCAUUACUGCCACCUUCUGACUUUUGUUUGCCACUGUAAAAAAAAGCCAGACAUGUUCCAACUAACUGUAAAGGAGAAAAGAGAAACAGAGGGCAGUGUCGCUGCACACCUUUAGCAGCCGAUUAGAAAUGACCAGUAGUCCUGAAAGAAUUCAAGUGACAAGAAUUUGGUUGUUAAAUGUUUUAACAGAACAUUUGAAAAUACCAUGACAAAUGUGUCAAUAGUUUACAGUGACAGUGCUGCUAAUUUAGUGUAUUUUAAUUUUUUUUUUUUAUCUGACCUUUUCUAGUUCGACCUGGUUGUAUGUCUGGUUUGUCAGUUGUCA